AAACACACAACCAUUGAAUCCUUUAGAAAGAUGUUUCCUUUAAUUGUGGUAAUUAUGUCAUUAUUAGCCAUCAACUCAGAUAAAGCUUGUGCUGGAGAUCCAGAUAUGCUCCAGGAUAUUUGUGUUGCUGAUCUCACCUCAACAUUGAAGGUGAAUGGAUUUCCAUGCAAGAAGACGUCCACCGCGGCUGAUUUCUCUUCAAUGGCCCUUUCAAAGCCAGGAGUCAUUACCAGCACAUAUGGUUCCGUGGUCACUGGAGCAAAUGUUCUAACUAUCCCUGGCCUUAACACCCUCGGUGUGUCCAUGGCUCGUGUCGACUAUGCUCCUGGUGGUAUUAACCCACCCCACGUCCACCCACGAGCCACUGAGAUGAUCUUUGUUUUAUAUGGUACAUUGGAUGUUGGUUUCAUUACAACAGACAAUGUUUUGUUCUCUAAGCGCAUUAUACAAGGAGAAGUGUUUGUUUUUCCUAGAGGACUUGUUCAUUUCCAAAAGAACAAUGGGAAAUAUCCAGCAGCUGUUAUUGCUGCCUUAAAUAGUCAAUUACCUGGUGCACAAUCUAUUGCGACAACGUUGUUUGCAGCUACACCACCUGUCACUAAUGAUGUUUUGGCUCAAACAUUCCGGAUUACCUCUCCUGAAGCUCAACUGAUUAAAGCAAAAUUUGCCACUAAUUAA